UCCACAUCCCCUUGUGCCCCGCCAUUGGCUUGCGUGGCAGCAGCGGUGAAGUUGACAGUAUCCAACGGUCUCCUGAUUAAGCUCUUUUCUCUUUCUCCCACUAUCUAUUUUCUACUUAAACUCUUCUACAAAAAUGGCUGCUAUCCCUGCUGACGGAACAUGGUUUGAUACCAUGAACAAGUCCUUCGCCGAUGUCCCUAUCGGUGCGGAGGAUGGCAUCUCGACCACCGAGUUCCUCGAGGCCGCUGAGUCGCUGGUGACUCUCUUUGACGUCCUCGGUUCUGCCGCUUUCACCCCGGUCAAGAAUGACCUGCUCGGCAACAUCAAGAAAGUCCGUGAGCGUCAACAGGCAGCUCCUGCGGAGUCUGAGACCCUGCAGGCCCUUGUCCUGAACGAAUUGAAUACCGGCAAGCACGUCGCCACUGAAGGUCUGGUCUGGCUGGUCCGAGGCCUCGACUUUACCGUCCAAGCCCUCCGUCACAACAUCGACAACUCGUCCUCGGAACUCUCCGACUCCUUCCGCGGUGCCUACGGCAACACCCUCAAGCCUCACCACUCCUUCUUCAUCAAGCCCAUUUUCAGCGCUGCCAUGUCUGCCACUCCAUACCGCAAGGACUUCUAUUCGAAGCUGGGUCAGGAUCAGGCUAAGGUUGCUGCCGCAAUGGCUAAGGAGGUCGCUGCUUUGGAGAAGGUGAUCGCCAUCCUGAAGACUUUCCAGGCUACCAAGCCUGCUCAGUGGAAGUAAGUUUGCCCUGGAGGCCUUACCACUUGAUUGAGCAUGUGCACUGUGCAACUUGAUAUGUAAAUAUUCGAUUUGGCUUCAUUCAAGCAUGCGAGUUUGUAUUAUGUAGCGAAUUCACUGUUUUGGUCGUCAAGGAUUCUAGAGCGUGGCAUAUCUGGGGUAGAGAUCCGAGCGUCGCAAACUUGGAAAUGGGGCCCAUCGAUUUAUAAGAAGUAGCUGUCACAUGGAAGAAGGUAGAGAAAUGACCAGCGGAUCAGUUGGUCUAUAAGUUUGAAUAGGCAAGACAG